AUGGGAUUCAUGGUUACCCUAAUUUACUCCGCGGGUGUCCUGCGUCUGACUAUAGCUAUACUUCUUUGCUCUGGCGCAUUAGCUCAUGAAACAUCAUUCUUCAAAUCGUUGCUGACUUCAAUCCUGCAGAGACCUGACAUCUACCCUCCGAAGUUUAACGUCGAACUCAGCGAGCCAGAACGGUUGAGUCCUGGCUAUAUUUUUCUUACACCUUAUGAUAUCGAUAAUCCAGGACCGUAUAUUUACGAUAGUUCAGGGGAGUUAGUAUGGAGCGGCUGGGGAGUGUCUGGUCCGGGCAAUGUCCACGGCAUGCAUGUUUGCCAGUAUGAAGGCGCCGAUCACUUAUGUUUCUUUCAGGGAAAUCAACAGAAGGGUUACUGUCGUGGACAUGGCGUCAUCUUGGACAACACUUAUCGUAUCGUGCGGUCAGUACAACCCGGUGGUGGAAUGGCAUCGAGUGACAUGCACGAGUUCUUGCCAAUCAAUGACGGCAAGACCGCGCUCAUGACGGUCUACCAACAACGCCAAUUUGACAUGACUCCAUGGAAUAUCAAAACCGGCAUGGGCUGGCUGAUGGAGAGCGUGUUCCAAGAAGUGGACGUCGAAACAAGUAAAGUAAUUUUCGAAUGGCGCGCUCUGGACCAUGUCGAUCCAUCGAUGAGUUACACAUGGCCCUCCCACACGGAUACAUCUGGAACCGGGUUGAAUGUGCACGAGCCCUGGGAUUACUUCCAUAUCAACUCAAUUGACAAAAAUGCAGACGGGGACUACCUGGUCUCAUCCCGUCAUACCUGCGCAAUCUACAAGCUCUCCGGCAAGGAUGGAUCUAUCAUUUGGCGACUACACGGUGCGCAACCGACGUUCCACAACAUCAACUUCAGCUUCUCGCAGCAGCAUGAUGCGAGGUGGUUGUUUGAAAAUGCGACUCACACUAUACUUUCACUAUAUAACAAUGGGUACAACGGUUUCAAUCAGACUCAUCCGUACUCGGGUGGUAUGAUAAUCCUCAUAAACCACUUGGAUGACACUGCUCUCCAGACUCGCGACUACGCACCAAAGAUUCCAAACCUCGCCAGUUCCAGCCAGGGUAAUCUGCAGCGUCUAUCCAACAAAAACGUGUUCAUGGGAUGGGGCAACAACGGCUAUGUCUCCGAACACGAUGAGAAGGGCGAUCUCAUCUAUUGGGCUUCCUUCGACGGAGGCGGUAGCGUCAUGAACUACCGUUCAAUGAAGUUUGAGUGGGAGGGUAACCCUACUGACUCCCCAGCUCUGUGGACCUACUCACAGAUAGCCGAGUCACUAUCACCCACAACAUUCUAUGUCAGUUGGAACGGAGCUACGCGCGUCAAGACAUGGCGGUUUUUCGGCUCAGCAAACAUGACAGGGCCAUGGACGUUAUUGGGCAAUGCGAACAAGACCGGAUUUGAAACAAAUUAUACAACUACUGAUUUCUAUCCUUGGACUUGUGCUGACGCUCUUGACCUCAAUGGCAAUGUCCUCGGCCAGUCUGAGAUCAAAUACACCUUUGUUCCGUCGCCUGAACUGCGAGAUUUCUGCCAGCACGAGAAUUGUAUGGAUGCGCCUGGAUAUGGAUUCCCGGGUGAAGAGGCCCCUGGACCGUUUAUUCCUCCUGUUGGCGUCAAUACCGUGCCAUGGGUUGAUUCCGCUCACGAAAACGCUAUUUGGAUAUAUCCUUCUACUUCACAAUCUGAAAGCAGCGGCGCCUACCACAAGAAUCAGGCUAGGAAGCGUUUCCUUUCCUUAGUUGGUGCCAUCCUUGGCUCAAGCCUGAUUCUUGUAGGAGGAUGCUAUAUCUACCGCGUUUACAAACGACACCAGCUGGAUAAGCUCUACGAUGAAUCAAGCGAGCCACUGCAUGACAUGGCAGAGCGGAAAUCCUCGCCUGAAAUUUACCAGCUCCCAUGGUGGAAUUGGCGUCGGUGGACUGGAAUUAAUCCUCGUUAUCACCCACUCGCGGAUCGAAGUUCUCGAGAGCAGCGAAUUGAAUGA